GGGCGGGGCACGCUGUCUCCCGGCCUGUCUGGAGCUUGGGGCUGCAGAAGCGGCUGUGGCGGCGGCACGGCGCGGGCACCGGCCCGGGGAGCUGCACCAUGAGCGGAUCACAGAACAAUGACAAAAGACAAUUUCUGCUGGAGCGACUGCUGGAUGCAGUGAAACAGUGCCAGAUCCGCUUUGGAGGGAGAAAGGAGAUCGCCUCAGAUUCCGACAGCAGGGUAACCUGUCUGUGUGCCCAGUUCGAAGCCGUCCUGCAGCAUGGCUUGAAGAGGAGCCGAGGAUUAGCUCUCACCGCGGCGGCGAUCAAACAGGCGGCAGGCUUCCCCAGCAAAACCGAAACAGAGCCCGUGUUCUGGUACUACGUGAAGGAGGUGCUCAACAAGCACGAGCUGCAGCGCUUCUACUCCCUGCGCCACAUCUCCUCCGACGUGGGCCGUGGCCGCGCCUGGCUGCGCUGCGCCCUCAACGAACACUCCCUGGAGCGCUACCUGCACAUGCUCCUGGCCGACCGCUGCAGGCUCAGUGCUUUUUAUGAAGACUGGUCUUUUGUGAUGGAUGAAGAAAGGUCUAGCAUGCUUCCUACCAUGGCAGCUGGUCUGAACUCUAUCCUCUUUGCGAUUAACAUCGACAACAAGGAUUUAAAUGGACAGAGUAAGUUUGCCCCCACCGUCUCGGACCUCCUGAAGGAGUCAACGCAGAACGUGACCUCCUUGCUGAAGGAGUCCACGCAAGGAGUGAGCAGCCUUUUCAGGGAGAUCACAGCCUCCUCUGCGGUCUCCAUCCUCAUCAGACCCGAACAGGAGACCGACCCCCUGCCUGUCGUGUCCAAGAACGUCAGUGCCGAUGCCAAAUGUAAAAAGGAGCGGAAGAAGAAAAAGAAGGUGACCAACAUCAUUUCGUUUGAUGAUGAGGAAGAUGAGCAGAACUCUGGGGAUGUUUUCAAAAAGGUACCUGGAGCAGGGGAGAGCUCGGAGGAAAACUCUGACCGCUCCUCUGUCAAUAUCAUGUCGACCUUUGAGAGCCCCUUCGGGCCAAAUUCCAACGGAAGUCAGAGCAGCAACUCAUGGAAAAUUGAUUCUCUGUCUUUGAAUGGGGAGUGUGGGUACCAGAAGCUCGAUGUGAAAAGCAUCGACGAUGAAGAUGUGGAUGAAAAUGAAGAUGACAUGUAUGGGAACUCGUCGGGAAGGAAGCGCAUGGGCCAUUCAGAGUCGCCUGAGAAGCCGCUGGAUGGGAACACCUGCCUCUCCCAGAUGCACGGCUGGGCUCCGCUGCACGUGCUGCACGGUGACUCUGACAUCCUCUUCCCCGUCAGUGGAGUGGACUCCUACAGCCCAGCAGAUGCUGCCCUCGGAAGCCUGGAGAACGGGACGGGACCAGAGGACCACGUCCUCCCGGAGUCCGGGCUUCGGUACAGCGUGGAAGCCAGUUCUCCAGGCCAAGGAAGUCCCCUCAGCAGCCUGUUACCUUCUGCCUCGGUGCCAGAGUCGAUGACAAUUAAUGAACUGCGACAAGCCAUCGUGGCCAUGAUGAAUAGGAAGGAUGAGAUGGAAGAAGAGAACAGGUCACUGCGGAACCUGCUUGACGGUGAGAUGGAGCACUCGGCGGCGCUCCGGCAAGAGGUCGACAGCUUGAAAAAGAAGGUGGCCGAGCAGGAGGAGCGGCAUGGCAUGAAGGUCCAGGCGUUGGCAAGAGAAAACGAGGUGCUCAAAGUCCAGCUGAAGAAAUAUGUAGGAGCUGUCCAGAUGCUGAAAAGAGAAGGUCAAACAGCUGAAGUGGUGCCAAAUCUUUGGAGUGUUGAUGGAGAAGUUACAGUAACUGAACAGAAGCCAGGAGAAGUUGCCGAAGAACUAGCCAGCUCCUACGAAAGGAAGCUCAUCGAGGUGGCGGAGAUGCACGGCGAGCUGAUUGAGUUCAACGAGCGCCUGCACAGGGCCCUGGUGGCCAAGGAAGCCCUCGUGUCCCAGAUGAGGCAGGAGCUCAUCGACCUCCGGGGCCCGGUGCCUGGAGAUUUGAGUCAAACAUCCGAAGACCAGAGUUUGUCGGAUUUUGAAAUAUCAAACCGGGCGCUCAUCAACGUCUGGAUCCCCUCGGUGUUUCUCCGGGGCAAAGCGGCGAAUGCGUUCCACGUGUAUCAGGUCUACAUCCGGAUAAAAGAUGACGAAUGGAACGUCUAUCGGCGGUAUACAGAGUUCAGGGGUUUGCACCACAAGUUACAAAACAAGUACCCUCAAGUGAGGGCCUACAACUUCCCACCCAAGAAGGCCAUUGGAAACAAGGAUGCCAAGUUUGUGGAGGAACGAAGAAAGCAGCUCCAGAAUUACCUGCGCAGUAUCAUGAACAAAGUCAUCCAGAUGGUCCCCGAGUUCGCCGCCAGCCCCAAGAAAGAGACUCUGAUCCAGCUGAUGCCCUUCUUUGUGGACAUUACCCCUCCCGGAGAACAACUGAACAAGAACAGCCGGCCCAAAGCAGCUUCCCGCUUCCCCAAGCUGUCCCGAGGGCACCCCAGGGAGACGCGCAACGUGGAGCCCCAGAGCGGUGACCUCUGACCUUGAUGGAACCCCAGACACGGGCCCUUUGUGGGGCACCAGCUGCCUCCACCCCGCCCACCUCAGAACGACGACCACACGUACCCAGUGAACCCCAGAGAGCACACCUGUCACACGACACCCCGAUUAAACUGAGUCCCAGAGCUGCCGCGGUCCCUGUCCUCAGAGCAAGGUGGCGCCUCGCUGGACUGACUCGGACACGCGGUCAGUGUUCUCCCAGGCUCUGCCCUGGGCUCAGGGGCCGUUCGCUCUCCAGCUCAGGGGCCCGCAGCAGGGGGGGCGCCAGGCCGGGGCGGCGCCCCUGGUCGAGACGCACAACUGGCGCCGCACGCCAGACGGUUCCUUCGAAACCACCUCUUGACUCUUUCCCCCGUGGGAAUCAGCACGACUGUUACUCUCUCUUUGCUUUUUCGUAACUGCCUGCACAGCCUGUGGCCGGGGACUGGUCCAUUGCUCUCUGCAGCAACAAGCGAUCACACGCCCGGCAGUGUCACCAUCACAGCCCUCCAGGGAGACAGUCCCCAGGCCUUGCCCGGGAGCCGUCAGCGAGUUUAACUUUGGUUCCUAGAGAACUCCCCCUACCUCCCUGUGGCUGGCUUCAUGAAGGACCGGUCGUCUAGGUCCACAGGCACCUUGCUAGGCGUGGUAGGGACCGGACAUUGUACCCAGCUGUCAGUAGCAAACCCCGUGUUACCUGUCCUGAAAUCAUUGACCCUGGCCUACGGUCACGAGAGACUGGGUUCUGGGAACCGUUGCAGAAGGUCCCGUGGGUUUUCAGACCCAGCUCCACCUCUGCAACCUUGGACACGGCCUGUGGUCUGGCCAGAUCACGUUCACCACCCCCCACCAAAGACGCACGUUUGUGCUGCCCUGCCCAAGCUCCCAUGGGGACUGGAAUCCCGCGUACCCCCGAGAUGGAUUUGUGUGUCCCGCCCGUCUCAGAGCCCGAGUGCCUGGACAGGCAGCACAGUGGCCCCUGAAGCUCCUUCUCCAAGACCCCGUCAGAGCCCCUCAAAGGACUGGGCCCGUUGGCUGGCUUCCCCCCCAGGGUCAUCAGACUGUCUCCUACCCCCGCGUCAAGAUCUGUCCUCGGAUGUGUGUUAUGAAGAGUUCGCAUUUUCUGGGGACUAUUAAGAAACAAGAUAGGGCGUUGUGAAUAGACUACUCGGGAGUAAGUCCUGUUGCACCUAGACCCGAGGCCAUCGAGCUGCAGGGGGGCCUGCAGGUGGAGACACACGUCACAAGACGGACUCGGCCCAGGAUUGCCCCAACUCACUGCUUAGCCACGCCCCAGGUGAGCGUGGGCCGUUUCCUAGCUAGAGAAAAACCAGACAGAAUCACCUGGAAGGUUUAUGCUGCACAUUCCCCUUGUAGCCAGAAGGAAACCGAUUCAGGGCAGUUAAGGAAAAAGCAGAGAUAAUUGACACACCACCCUCCAGCCAACCAGGUGGCCUGAAUAACUUCUGAGGGGACCUUGAGCCAGGGAGCCACCAUGCCCAGGUGAGGCAGGAGGAGCCACGUGGGGACACCCUGGCUCUUUGGAGUCAACGCCAAGUGCAGAUCAUCCCCUCAGAUCUCGGCUCAGACGCACACGUGACAGGCACACGUCAGCAACUCCCCAAAGCCUUAACCCUGGAGUCACACAGACUGCUCCGCAAUGGUUUAGUCCGUCCUGCUGCUCAACAUGCUCCCGGCCUGCCCGCUGGUGUGGCAGGAGGGACCUCCCGGUUCCUGGAGGAAGGAGGCAGAAACGCCUGGGUCCACACCAAGGUCAAGGCUGGGACCUGGUGCCCAAACCACCACCCGCUAGAGACGCGUCAUCCUCUGCCACUCCGCCCCGGGACCUCUCAGUGGAAAGGACCCGGUGUACCCCACUUGAUCAAAGAAGAUGAUUCUUUGGGACCUGCAGUGUUAAUAUUUGAGAAAGGACCCCCCAUUCAGAAGGAAACCCAAGGGGCCGGCUUCUCCCUGGAGGCCUCGUCCAUCUAGGCCCCUAGACGGGGGGAGGAGCCAGUCUGGGUCCUUUCACCCUGGUCUCUUCGUGGCCAGACAGAAUGUCACCAGUUUUGUCCUUUGCCAUCGGCUCAUUUCUUUCUUCUCCCCCAGAUGAAACAGGGCUUAGGAAAGGUGGGGCCGGGCAGCCGUCUCCUUGGAUAAGACCUAAAGCUUCCAGGCAGGAAGGUCAAGGAUGUCAUAAACCACCGGGCCUGGGGGCAGAGCUGCGCAGCCGUCCUGCCAGCUCCUCCGACUGUCACUCGUGGGCACACGCCAAUCAGGUGACCCGUGAGCAAGGGCAGAAGGCGGAGCUGGCUUCACAGCACCUGCUGUGGGCCCUGGGGGAGGAGGAAGCUUUCCCAGAAAAGGCUGUCGCAGCCCACGGUGGCAGCCAGCUUAACAUCCGCCAACCAGCCCAGCCCAGGGCCUCCUGGUCACCGAGGGACCACCGGCUGGGGUGUAAAGAGGACACCACCUCCUAAGACCCAGGAAGCGGCGUGGAUUGCCAGGGGAGGGUGUGGACCGGCUCCCAUCACAGCCCUCGGCUCGGCCUCGUGCCCUGGCGCUUAUUGCGGUGAAGCCCCUGAUAACCACUGAGUUUCUAGAGGAGUGGCAGAUCGCGCGUAGUGCCCUGAAACCAGAUGCAAUCGAAAGCUGUGUGUCCCGUGCCGGCCCAUUGAUUACACAGCUGUCACCGAUGCCAACAUACCACAGGCACUGGAGGCCCAGCGAUCACCCCCAAGGGUUUGGGCCCAGAGUCGGAAACACAGUGAUGCCCCACCCAGUCCACCCAGUUGGCGAGACGCAGCACGGCCUUCCGCGGAAGGCUUCUCUCCUCACCCCCGAGGACCGGGUCUGGGCCUCCCUGCCCCACCUGCUCACGCCCCCACGGGGGUGCAGCUCCCUCUGUGCUGCCCGGAACCUUCCUUCCGGCCUGUCCUUCCUCGGCCAGGCUCCUCUGUGUGGGCACCUUGGCACGUAACUAAUGGCAAAGAGAGGGCUGGAUUUUAAGCUCCCAGGACCUGCCGGAGGAAGACCCAACCAAGCCCCCCCCAACCCUAGCACAUCACACGGGCUAGGACGCAUCCCAGAAGGGGCGGCCUCAGCCCGGGUUUCAACCCCAAAGGCAGUACGUGUCUGACUCUCCCUCGGUGUUUCACUCGGGGCGGCGCCAGGCAGCCGGGACCCUCCCCCCAGCCCGGCAGCCCCGGGCUAGCUGUGGCAGGCCUGCCUCUGAGCAAGGUCUAGCGCAACCAACUCUUCACAAUAUUGUGCGUUAUUCCAUUAAAGCUACCGUUAAAUAUUUGCUGUUCAGAUUGGCUUCCGUGCUAAUUUUGCACAAUUGUAGCACUGUAUAUUUUAUCUAACAUUUCUGUGCCAAAAAGUUCAUUUUAAUGUUUCUGUAAUACAUGGCCUUGAUUACGUUUCUAAAAUAGAGCCUCGGCUCCUGGAUGGAGAGGAACUCCGGCGUGGCGGCGAGGGUCCCGCAGGGCCUGGCUCCCUGGAGUGUCUCUCACUUUGGCCGUGAGCCACUGCCACGGGCGGGCCUGAUUUUGGUAGCUCUGAAUUGUCACCGAGCCCUUUUGUCCCUAAAGCUUAACCACCAAAUUGAAUGGGCUUCCUUACACCUAUUCUCCGCAGAAAAGGAAACAAAACCAAAAAAUCCCCACAACUUUCCUAAAAGACGGUUGACCUUGUGGCACAGACGGGCGUCCCCACUAGAAGGCGCUAGAUUUGUUGGCGUUCUGAGGUCCUGUUCAUACGUCCUAGCUGGAAAGCCACUGGCUGCCUCACCCCGGCCACCACCGUCCCCUCGAACGUGCUCAGCUCUGCCUCCUGCCCCCGUGACCUGCCCCGCACUCGCCUUUCAGGGUUCUUUUCACCGUCGGGACGGUGGGUGCCCCGCGAAACCUGGGGCUGAGGACACAGGACACACGGAUUGCACGUCUGCGACCAGAGCGACCAGGAACUCAGAUGAGCUCAGAGACCACGAAUUUCGAGGAGGAAGCGGGGUGGGGGGGGCAGCUAGCUGGGAGUUUUGUUCUCGAGGGUGUAAAUAGAGUCCGCAGGUGCGCCCCGACGUGUAUAGUGUUAUGUCAACUGCCCUCUUACGUUACAGUUUACACGAUAGGAUUUUUAAACAAAUGUGUUUAAUUUUCUAAGAUCUCUUGUAUUAAAAUUUUCUUUUGGAAUAAGCUGUGGUAAUUUUGUUACAAUCUGGUUGAGACAAACCUCUUUACAUUGACAAAAUAAAACUGGUGACAUUUUAUAAAUUA